AUGGGAUUGUGCAUCACACGGAUUCGGUUAUAUGCUAACUACAACAUUAUCUCUUAUGUCGCUUCGUUCGAAGACCUGCAACAUCAAUGGAAUCUGAUGCAUAUCAUCUUGCAGGGCCUCAUCGCUCUUCAGAUUUACUACAUGAAGAUGUUCACAGAGUGGAAUCCUGUAAAAGGAUACAUAAUCAUGGAAUACAUCGACAACCUGAAGACAGUGCAUAUCUUUGAAACCGUUACACCAGAGGAAGUGAAGCAGAUACUACGACACAAAGCCGCAAUGGAGGCGAGUUCACUCGACACGCUCGCAGAAGAGAGAGAUGAGUACACGCAACCUUUCAAAACCCUCUUUGCAGUGUUAUUCGAGGAAAAGAUGCUGGAUCAAAUGCUGACGGCGUUUUCUAAAUUCGAAGGAGGAAAGUUUGCUGAGAGCGGGGAGCAUCUCAAAGCAAUUAUCCCGGAUUUGAUGGAUCUUGAUUGGGUGGAAAAUAUGUGCCAAGAACUCGGUAAGUAUACACUGCAUAUACACAUAUGCUCAUUACGCUUGUGCGCAGUGCUAAAAUACUAA